GUCCGGGAUGAUGGCAGAGCAGAAAUUCCUGCCUGGAGGAAACGGAGCCGCCUGCAGGGAUCCAACUGAGGCUCCGUGUCCGGCUGCUGGCACUGAUGGAUGGAAGCCAAAGCUGCUGGCGGCUUCCCGGCCCUUUGGCCCCAGGAGGAGGAGGCCUGCGAGCGGGACCUGCAGUGCGGCGGCGGGACGUGCUGUGCUGUCAGCCUCUGGCUGCGGGGUCUGAGGAUGUGCACCCCGCUGGGGCAGGAGGGGGAUGAGUGCCACCCCUUCAGCCACAAGGUCCCAUUCCUGGGGAAGCGGCAGCACCACACCUGCCCCUGUCUGCCCAACUUCAGCUGCUCCAGGUUCCUCGAUGGCCGCUACCGCUGCUCGCUCGACUUCAAGAACUUCGACUUUUAGGUGAUGGAGCCGUGAGUUUCAUCCCAGCCUGCAGCCCCCGGCGCCCAUUUCUCCCCCCUCUCUUUGCUCAGUGCACUGCAUCCCCCCCAGGCAACCCUAUGAGUGCUUUCCCAAGGUAGACAACGUUGCUACAAGCCGUGUGUAUGGGGAAAUGGAGGCACGGCCAAGCAGAGCUGCUCUGGCACAUUGCUUAGCAAAGCUCUGCCCCCAGAGCAGAUGGAGGACAGCAAAUCUCGUUGGCCUCCAAAAACCCUUUCGUGGAGCAUAGCCUGCAUGCAAUGGAUGCUGUCAGCCAGAUUCCACCUCCAUCCUUUCUUCUACUGAUGAAAUUUGGGAGGAGUGAACUUUCUCAUCCAGCCUUCAAGCAGCUAUCAAUUAGCUUGGGUCAUUAAGGGUUGGGUUUUUCCCAGGUGUUUAAGCUCUGGUGCAAAGCAUCGUGCAACGCCAUGUGUUUAUCGGGGGGGGAGUGGAUCUGCCUGCUGCCCAAUGGGGGGUCUGUGGGACACGGGGAGAAGCUUUCUACACCAGCCUCUAUUUCUGGUGGUCAAAUUUGAGAGGUCAAUGCAUCCCUUAACAUCCCUUAAAGCAGCAGCAGUGCUUGAAGCCAAAGCUGGAUGUGUGGCAUGGAAGUGCUCGGGGUCUGCCCCCCCCCCUCCUCCCCACGUCCCCUUUUUGGUGCAUUUUUAAUGGGGUUUGGUGCUACUGUAGUCAUUGUUUCUGGUUCUAAGGAUGCCCAUUGAAUGUCUGUGGCAGAUGCUGUGUUAAUGGAGAAUGUAAAGUAAACAAGGCUGGGAGAAAGCUUCCCCGCCCUUCUGUCUCCCCCAGUGAAAUGCUGUGUUUUGGAUGAAAAUAAAGCGUUGCAAUGCCUGGGUUGAUUUUAUUUAGUUGUGUGGGUUUGUUGGUUUUUUUUCUUUUUUUAAUGUAUGUCAAAAUAAAACCUUAUCUCCAUGA